AUGAGCUUACCAGGUGCGGUUCGGCACGAAGAGGAAAUCUCAACUCCCCGCACCCAAGUACCCAAGUUUCAGAAGGAGAGCGCCUUCUCGCAGCCUGAAGGAGGGCUCCUUGCAAAGCAACAUGAGCCCAAGCACAGCGCGAAGUCUGGCGUGCGGGGAAGUGGCCGCAGUGCCUGCAGCGAACCAGAUGCUCGGAAGCAGCACCCUCAGACCGACAAAGUUAGCAAGAUGCCGACGAACUGGAUCGAGGAUGCCUCCUGGCGGUUUGAGACAGGCAGCGUCGUGAUCCUGGGGUUGAACCUCAUCUUCUUGUUCAUGCAGAUGGACACCGACUUGGCCUACAUCCUUUAUCGAAUUCAUUUUCCGGGCUAUGACGAGGAUCCGCGGCGAGAUUGGCACGACCCUGUCUUCCUUGCUUGCAGAUGGUUCUUUGCAGUGUCGCUGACUUUGGAGGGCCUUUUGCGUGUGGUAGUCAGUCGUGCCAAAUGCGCGGCUCUAAAAUCAUGGCUUGUGUGGGUGGAUAUCUUCGUGAUUUGCAGCGCAUGGCUUGAACUGCAGCCGGCAGGCACACUCUUCGUCAGCCACGUUGUUUUACGCAUGGUGCGAUUUGCAAAACUGGCGCGGCCGAUCAGGCAUCUGCUGAGGAGCGAGAAAGUACAAUCGUUGGCAUCUUUGCAGAUGCUAAUCAAGGGCACAGCUUCUGGUUUCAGACUUCUUUGCUGGGCUGGCUUGCUUCUGCUAGUCCUAGCAACCUGCUCAGGGGCGCUCAUAUCCUACUCUCUCUUUGAUUUCUGGCUGGACGAUCAGGUUUAUUUAGAGGACAGAUAUAAGGUUGCCGAGAGCUUUGGGACGACUGCACAAAGUGCGAUCAGUAUGCUCUCAUGCUUGCUUGACUGGACUGAAAUGACCUUGGUGCUUGGAGCCAAACACAGCUACUGGUAUAGCCUUCCGCUGAUCACAUACUGGUUCGUGGCUGGCUUCGCCUUGCUUCAAGUAGUUUCGGCAGUGUUCGUGAACAUUGUUAUGGCGAACGUUCGCGAGGAAGCUGCAGCUGAAACCAAGAAGAAGCUUGAUGUCCAAGAAGACUGCCGCCGGUCAUUGAUAGAGCUGUUUCACAAGCUUGACGUUUCCGGCAAUGGCCGGAUAAGUCUAGUAGAGCUGACAGGCAUUCUUGAGAGCCAAGAACUCCAGGAAUGCCUUUUCCAGCUUGAUGUGCAGACUCUAGAUGUCGUUGCCCUGUUCGAAAUGCUCGAUGAUGGGGACCUCGAGAUUUCCAUUGACGAGUUCGAGGCAGGGAUGUCGCAGUUGAAAGGACCUGCGCGCAACUUUGAUCUCGCCAAACUGCAAAGAACAGUGGAGAAGUUGAGUCGCAAGAUGGACUUGCUGCUGUCGGGCCUUGAGCCGCGAAUAGACGACACGAAAACUUGCCAGGGUCCCGGUCCCGUUCUGUCGACUGCUACGGACACCUUCCUUGCGAGGCAACACGAGCACAAGCACAGCACGAAGUCUGGCGUGCGGGGAAGUGGCCGCAGUGCCUGCAGCGAACCAGAUGCUCGGAAGCAGCACCCUCAGACCGACAAAGUUAGCAAGAUGCCGACGAACUGGAUCGAGGAUGCCUCCUGGCGGUUUGAGACAGGCAGCGUCGUGAUCCUGGGGUUGAACCUCAUCUUCUUGUUCAUGCAGAUGGACACCGACUUGGCCUACAUCCUUUAUCGAAUUCAUUUUCCGGGCUAUGACGAGGAUCCGCGGCGAGAUUGGCACGACCCUGUCUUCCUUGCUUGCAGAUGUUUUUUUGCAGUGUCGCUGACUUUGGAGGGCCUUUUGCGUGUGGUAGUCAGUCGUGCCAAAUGCGCGGCUCUAAAAUCAUGGCUUGUGUGGGUGGAUAUCUUCGUGAUUUGCAGCGCGUGGCUUGAACUGCAGCCGGCAGGCACGCUCUUCGUCAGCCACGUUGUUUUACGCAUGGUGCGAUUUGCAAAACUGGCGCGGCCGAUCAGGCAUCUGCUGAGGAGCGAGAAAGUACAAUCGUUGGCAUCUUUGCAGAUGCUAAUCAAGGGCACAGCUUCUGGUUUCAGACUUCUUUGCUGGGCUGGCUUGCUUCUGGUAGUCCUCACAACCUGCUCAGGGGCACUUAUAUCCUCCUCUCUCUUUGAUUUCUGGCUGGACGAUCAGGUUUAUUUAGAGGACAGACAGUUGGUUGCCGCUUUUUUUGGGACGUUUGCGCGAAGUACGAUCCAGAUGUUCUCAUGCUUGAUCGACUGGACUGAAAUGACCUUGGUGCUUGGAGAGAAACACAGCUACUGGUAUAGCAUUCCGCUGAUCACAUACUGGUUCGUGGCUGGCUUCGCCUUGCUUCAAGUAGUUUCGGCAGUGUUCGUGAACAUUGUUAUGGCGAACGUUCGCGAGGAAGCUGCAGCUGAAACCAAGAAGAAGCUUGAUGUCCAAGAAGACUGCCGCCGGUCAUUGAUAGAGCUGUUUCACAAGCUUGACGUUUCCGGCAAUGGCCGGAUAAGUCUAGUAGAGCUGACAGGCAUUCUUGAGAGCCAAGAACUCCAGGAAUGCCUUUUCCAGCUUGAUGUGCAGACUCUAGAUGUCGUUGCCCUGUUCGAAAUGCUCGAUGAUGGGGACCUCGAGAUUUCCAUUGACGAGUUCGAGGCAGGGAUGUCGCAGUUGAAAGGACCUGCGCGCAACUUUGAUCUCGCCAAACUGCAAAGAACAGUGGAGAAGUUGAGUCGCAAGAUGGACUUGCUGCUGUCGGGCCUUGAGCCGGGAAUAGACGACACGAAAACUUGCCAGGGUCCCGGCCUGUCGAGAUCAGACGACACCUGCGAGGAACUCGAUUGA